UCAUUCGAAAGGUAUUUCAUUACAACCAUGGAAAUGCUAAAGAUUCCGAUAUUAACUCUCCUAUUAAUUUGGUGCGUCGAUGGUAAGCCUGGUUCUAAUCAGAGUCAUAAUAGAAUAGUAGGAGGUAUAACUGCUCCUGAUGGUGGUGUCCCCUAUCAAGUAUCUCUGAGAGAUAGGAAUAAUAAUCUGAAAUGUGGAGGCGCCAUUUUGAAUUCUCAAUGGGUGAUGACCGCGGGACAUUGCAUUAAACCUGACGAUGAUCCAAUGAAAUACGUAAUAGUAGCUGGAACAAACUUACUAACAUCAGGUGGGGAUGUUUAUACUGUGGAAAAGAUAGUUACUUACCCUGGCUAUGAUACUUCGAAGGCAUUGUUACAUGAUAUAGCUCUUCUACGAAUACUUGAAGAAAUAGAGUUCUAUGACAGAGUGCAGCCUAUAGCUUUACCUGAUAAAGACACGAAGGGAGGAGCUAAUGUCAUGAUAACUGGUUGGGGAAUGUUUGAUCCUAACCAGAAUGCCGUUAUAGACAAUUUGCAAUCGUUGAAUGCUACAGCCGCUUCUUUGGAAGAAUGUAGGAAGAGAAACAGAAAUGCGCGAGCAUCUGAAAUCUGCACCCGUGAGAACAGUGGAAAAGGAAUUUGUUUCGGCGAUUCUGGUGGACCACUAGUAGAAGGAAAUGCAGUAGUUGGAAUUGCCUCUUAUAUCCUAAAUAAAUGUGCCUAUGGUUAUGACGCCUUCACAAGGGUGUACCACUACAGAAAAUGGAUCGCCAAAAUUAUUAAUUCUUAAUUGACUCUUUCAUCAAGUGGUGGUGGUAAAUAAUUGAUAUUGGUAACUAAAACUGAUUCAUGUCUUUUAAAAUGGAAUUUAUGGAAUAAAUAUUAUUCAAAUGCA